ACUCAUAGUCAAACCAUAUAGCCAUCAUGAAAACCUCAACCGUUUUCACCUCAACUUUUUUCACCCUCGCUGCUGCCUCAUCCUUCCCUAGCUCUGAAACACUGGCUACCAGCGAUAUCUGGAUAGGACUGAACUUGAACAAAUGUCUCGUCAACGCUGAAUCUUUCCUGGGACCUCCAGUCUUUCAAUACAUCCGUCUAACAACUACCCACAGUCUCGCCGCGCAAAAGGUUGUAGCCAAAGAAGUCAUCGCCGCCUACAACGCGUGGGACAUCGAGAGAAUCCUCGGUUACCGAACCCCAGACUGCAAGCAAAACAUCUUACCCGCCAGCUUGAACCGCACAGCCAUGACCAACGACGAAUACCGCGUAUUCUUCAAAAGAAUCGAGCCUUUGUACAAGAAUUUCACGGCUAGAGUUCUCCAAGAAACGCACGACCCCGACGCACACACCUGCAUCAUACAUGCGCGUAGUACGGCGACGACUGCAAUUGGACCGUAUGGGAAUGAGUAUGCGCUCAUUUUGACUUUUACAGAGGAUGGCACUAAGGUGAAGUAUUUCGAUGAGUUUGUGGAUUCGGCGUAUACGCUGGAUUAUGGGAAGAGACUGACUGCUGCGUUGGCGAACGGGACGGGGACUAGUCUUUAGGUUGGGGGAGAAAAUGGGUCUCAUGAUAUACAAGGAAAUACAAAAGCAGUGAUGGCGCAUCGUUUGAGCGAUAUGUGGUCGUAAUGUUCGUCUAUCUUGUCUAUAUGUUUGGGCGGUGCCCUCUCUUGGUGCAUGUGCCGCACAGUUAUAGCGGCGGCACUUCUAGUAGCGAUUGACGCCACGUGGACGUUGUCCUACU